AUGAACCUUCACCAGGACAUGGACAGGGAGCAGAUGAGGAUGGCCAUCCUGAACCAAGAACAGAUUUUCAGACAACAGGUACACGAGCUGCACCGGCUGUACCAUGUCCAGAAGCAGCUGAUGCAGCAGGCACAGACGACUACUCCCGCGAGCCACGCUCCGGCUCCGGUUGUCGACGUCAAGCCAAGACCACAGCAACUGGACAUCUGGUGCGGCGAGACGGCGACAACUCCUCAGCAGCAGAUCAUCAGCUUCACCAGCUGCAACAAGGCCACAACACCGGCGCCAACUGCGCUCGCCGAGGAAUGCAACCUUGAGCUGACACUGGCAACAGGACCGAGCAGCAGCAGCAGCAACAGCAGCUGCCACGCCGAAAGACGACAGGGGAAGCGGCUCAAGGCGUCGUCCACCCCGGACUCCGGCGCAACCGCGGUGUCGUCCACGUCGACGGACUCCGAGCUGGCGCAGUUCAGGGAGGUGGACGUGGCGACGCCGGUGAGGUUCCAUGGCGAGGUUGGCAGGAGGAUGAACGAGAUGGGGCAGGGUCCGUGGAUGUACCAGUGCCUGAGCCUGAAGAUGGCGUGA